AAAUGAACAGCAGCCCCCAACUGCAGAAAAUACAGAGACUAGAAGAGAAAUACAAGUUGAAAAUGCUGGAACUACUCUUAGACAAAGAUCUGCCCAUACUGAGAAUACACAAAGUGGCAGCAUGGAAGCCACGUCCAGACCUAUUAGAAAUACAGUGAAGAUUUCACCCAUAAGAAAACCACACAGUGUUCAAAAUGACUCGAAAUCAGCAGAUGAAUCUUUAAAUACUAGUCGUAGUAGCUCUGAUGCUAAAAUGAUGUUGAAACAUUUUGAAUUUUUGAGAAUUGUGUUGUGUGUUAUGGUAGCAUAUUUAUGUAGGAGAGUUCUAUCUACAGGCUAUGGUGUAUUUUACUUUCAGUCUGUUGUGUUACCAUUUGCCUGCAUGGAAGCUUCGUUCUUCAUGUUCAAACAUAAAAUGCUACAUAAUGUUAUGUUACCACACAAGUCAUCAAUGUUGUUAGGGUUAUUAAUGUUAUGUGGAAUCAAGCCUGCCAUUCUACAGACCUACAACAAACUGAUGGGCUAUAUGACGGCAGCGUCAGAAGACUUUGCUCUCUUUUUCUUCGCUUUCAUGAUGGCCAACACCUUCAUUCUGUGAUCAUGGAUUCUAUCAUGAUACAUGAUUGUAUACUGACACGAUGUUGUCUGUAUUGUACUCAGAGCUGCAAUCCAUAAGUGUUUUUGUUAUGGUUAGUCCCUGGAAAGGUGCUGUUGUGUCAGUUGAAUUUCUCAUUCUAAGAGAUAGGCAGGUGUAGAUUAAAUAAUCUGGAAGAAUUUUUCUUUUUUUGAGAUGAAAUCUUUUACUCUAAGGUAGAAUUGCAUCACCUUUAUUUAUUUUAACCAACCCUUACCUUGUUGGUAGUAACUGAUCCUGACCAGUGCAGACCAAGAUCAGUUGUCUUCUCUGUUCAGUAUGUACCUGAAAAUGAUAAAUGUUUUGAUGGACAAGUCCAUGUAAAAUAUUUAGUGGGGUACAGGUUAAUUCAUUUUAUGUUUGUACAGUCUCAGUCUAGAAUCAUUGUUAUCUUUUAAUUUUGAAAAUGUUUGUUUGCUGUAAAGAUUUCAUUUAUCACUUUUGAAAAGAAAGACAACUUUAAGAAUGGUCACUGUGGUACCACAAAACUUAACGUUUUAUUAGUAAAUUUUGACAAGAAAAAUAACCUUUUUUUUAUUCAUAUAUUUUUCUGGUAUUUAAUUAACUUUGGCAUCUAUACUUUCCGCACAAUACAUUGUACUAAUGAAAAAAAGUAUUUCUUCUCGUCACCAUUUGCUAAAAAAAUUAGGUAACAUGGUGAUAAUGUGCAAAUACCACUACUGAUCCUAAAUGAAUAUUUGUUGGAAGAAGCAAGCAUUUUAGGUUAAAACAAAUAACCUGUGAAAAAUUUGUUUUAUAACAUUUUUGGUUGGAAGGUAAAAUUUAACUGUUGUUAACAGAGUUAUGUUAAUGUCAUUCUACAUUUGCAUUUUUAUUUUUCAUAUGAAUUUUUUUUAAAGAACAUUGUAAUUUCUUUAUGUAAUUGAAUUGUGGUCUGAUAUAUUAACUGUCAGAAAUGUGGAUUGCCACCUGGCUGGCAAUACACAGCCCCACUGUCAAUGUUAUAAGUCGACGAAUCACAAGAAUAAAAUCUAGGUCAAUAUACCAUGUUUGUAUGCAAAUUUUGGAUUACAUUUGUGUCUGCAAGGAUAUUGUAGAAGUGGAGACAAUACAAAAUACAAUGAUUGUUUAACAAUAUCCUUUUUGAAUGUUCUCGUACAUUUGUUUCUUCAGAUAUUUCUUUGUUCUUUAAGAAUAUUUUUCUUCAUACUGUUACAUGAAAUUUAUAUACAUGUAGUACUCCUUUUUUAUCCAGAUUUUAUCAUUAUUAAUUUUGUUAGUGCCAAAUUAGUGCUAGAAGCUUAUGUAUACCGAGUACAGACAUUUUUUUAAAGAAAUUAUAGUGUACAUAAUGUAUGAAAAGCACUUGUGCAAGUGGUCUGCAAGAAAAACAGUUUAAUUGCUAGCAAUCAGCAAGUGUAAGCUGUUUUUUAUCAUAAACAUUUAUAAACAAGUUUCACUUUGCAUGUUUUAACUUUAAUUCAUGAUAUUGUAUCAAGAAAUCCAUGACCAGACAGUCUUAAAGUUGCAAUAAUUUUAAAAGAUAUUGACUGGCUGAUUAGAACUUUCAAAGUGGCAUUCAAGGAUUCCAGUUUCAAAUAGAAACAAUUGUUGAUAUCUUUAUGUUAUAUAGAGAUUACGAUAUGCUUGAAAAGGGGUUUAAACAUUGCCUUAUUUAAACUUUUUUUCCAUGAAUCCCAUAUGAUAAGCUUUCUUCAUGGGACCCUCCAAAAGUUAUUUUCAAGGAAAUCACCUGAUUACUUUUUUGUCUCAUGGGGCCAGAAUGGUCACCUUUUUCUCUGGAACUAAACUAGUAAGCCACAAAGGGAUAGCCUUAGGACUAACCUCAGAUUGUGCAAUCAAGACCAAAGAAGGGGGCACAAGUUUCUCAUUAAGGAUUAGAUCAUCUACAAUAUAUUCAAUGCAAUUCAUCCUUCAUUGGUGUUUUGAAUAAUUCAUGUGAAGAAAUUGGCAGUUAAGCUUGUGGAAGGCAGUUAUCAUUUGAGCUUAAUGCACCAACAUUGCUAGCCCCCCCUGACAGAAAAACUUUUAAAACUGACCCUGACCUCCGCAAAAUACACCUUUGAACCCCGACCUCUAUAGAAUAUAUCUUAGAACCAAACAAAACCUUCACUGUGACAAACAAAUAUUGAUCCUCGUCAUAAAUCAGUUGAAUUGUACAAUAGAGAGAAAGGGAAAACUUUUUUUUUGAACUGAAAGGAUCAGAUUUUCAUCUUUUUUUAAUUUCUUAUAUGUGUCUCAGAUGAUAGUGAUAUUAUUUCUGGUUGUGAAAUUCAUCAGUUUCGUCCUAUGUGUACAACAAUAUUGAAGAACGCAGACACCAGUCUUGUAUAUGUAGGGUUGAUUUUUGAAAUUAAGGUUUUUGGGGAUGUAUUUAUUAAAACUCCAAAGCCUUGAAAAUAUGUAUAAAAUCAUGCAAAAUAGUUUGAGCUGUCAUAUUUUUACCACAUCAUAUCAAAAUUUUGUAUAUAUUGUAAAUAUAUCCUAGGAUUGUUUGAUAUUUAUUUAUUAUAUUAUUAAGGUUUGAUAUUAAAAUGCAUGAACAUGAGAAAAAAAUGCUUUAAACACUCACCCGGCUCAAGUUUUGCUACAGACUUGACUUGCCUUGAAUACUAAACUGCUAUUUGUUAGUGUAAAGGAAUUCAGUUUUGAGCUAUAUCAGGGUCUUUCAAAUAGAAGACCCUGGCUACAUUAAGCCUGAUUUACUGUCUCACAUUCUUGCAUAUCAGACGGGAUUUCCUAGUGAACCACCUGUGCUAGAAAAUGUCAUUUUACAUCCCUCACAUAAGAUAAGAUACAUGCUAUAAUAUGAUGUUAUUCUGGCAAUUUUCUGUUGUUAUGAAAUAUGAAUGCAGCAUUAAUUUAAGAGAGUACUAUAAGAAAAAAGUUUUUAAUGAAAUACUUUUUUUUUUCGUAACUUCUUUUUAAGUAAUUUGACUGCAAUUUGCAAGAUUGAAACACUGGCUUUCAUCA